AUGCCGCCUUCGCAGUUGAAGCGCCUGAAAUCUUCACUGCGCGAACAAGGCAUCACCGGCCCUCAAAAAUCGAAGAAGCAAAAGAAAAAUGCCAAAUCCGCCAAAGGCACCAACGACCGCAUCCAGAAGCAUGCUGCCCUCGAACAGAUUCGAGAUUCCUUCAACCCCUUCGAGUUCCGCGCGCCUUCUUCAAGACCUCCAAAGUUCUCGAAUGCGAAUGACCGCCCGGUAGCCAAUGGGAACAGAACUGGUGGGAAGUACAAGGAUGUCUUGCACCGACCUGGGGUUAGCAAGUCGGCGGGCGAGGAGAUGAGGAAAGCGACGCUGUUGCCGGAGCUACGGAGACGGAACAAAGUUGGUGGGCUCGUGGAUCGCAGAAUUGGGGAGGGCGAUGAGGGGUUGACGGCUGAGGAAAGGGCGGUGCAGAGGUUUGCGCAGGAGAAGCAAAGGGGACGGGCGGGGGAUGUUUUUAAUCUAGAGGGCAGUGAUGACGAGGAGGGUGGACUGGGUAUGGGCUUAACGCAUGGUGGGAGGCGGCUGGACGAUCUGGGGGAUGACGAGAUUGCUGGUGGAAGUGAAGACGAAGGGAGCGAAGGAAGUGGAGGGCUGUUGAGGAGGAAAAGGCGGCGUAGCGACAUUGAGAAGCCCGAAAGCGAAGGAGAGGAGGAAGCUAGUGACGGAGCAGACGAUGAGCCGGAAAGGAAGAAGAGCCGGAAAGAGGUCAUGGAGGAGGUCAUCGCGAAGUCCAAGUACCACAAAUACGAGCGGCAGAAGGCAAAGGAGAACGACGAUGAUUUGAGGGACGAAUUGGACAAAGGAUUUGGCGACAUUCUUACUUUGCUGCGUGGACGCAAACCUGCACCAGCUCCACCGCAGCCAGCCGAGCCCACAACCAACGGCGGCGAUGCGACGGCAGUGAAUCCAGACCGGUUGAAGUUGUUAGAGGGCGCGGAUCGCGAGGCUGUUGAGAAGGACUACGACUCGCGCAUCAAGCAGUUGGCUCGAGAACAGAGAGCAAAGCCCUCCGAGCGGACGAAGACAGAGGAGGAGAAGAUCAAGGAAGAGGCGGAGAGGUUGAAAGAUCUUGAGGAAAGGAGGGCGAAAAGGAUGCGUGGCGAACAAGUCUCUGAUGAUGAACAGCAAGAGCCUAGAGCGGUCAAUGGAGACGACAUGGACGAGAGGCCUGACGAGGCUGCCGAGUUUGGAUUCACACAGGCUGAUGCGCCUCAAAACACGAAGCCGGAGAAGAUCGUCUUGGAAGAUGAGGACGAGUUUGCUCUUGACGAUGAGUUGGUCGCUAGUGGAUCGGAACUCGAUGUGAGCGAUGCCUCUAUGAGUGAGGCUGAAUCGGACAUCGAGGAUGAAGAGCAGCCGGCGGUGAACGAGGAAGAAGACGAGUUUGUCAAGGGCAUACUAGGUGGUGGCGAGAAGAACGAUGCAGCAGCUUCCCAGCAGCUCGUAGCGCCUGGCGGAGGACAAGGUCUUGCGUUUACCUACCCCUGCCCUCGAUCCCACCAGGAGCUACUCGCAGUAGUCAAAGACAGCCCCGCUGACCAGCUACCGACCAUCAUCCAACGGAUACGUGCAUUGCAUCACCCUUCGUUGUCAGCCACCAACAAAGAAUCGAUGGCCGACUUCUCCGCUACCCUUGUCGAGCAUCUAUCAUACAUGGGCGAGCAUCAUCAACCUCUUCCUGUGGCAGAGCAAGUCAUUCGACAUCUCCAUAGUCUAAGCCGGACAUACUCUGAGAUCAUUGCCACAUCCUUCCGGGCUCAGCUACAGUCUGCACAUACGGGAAAGACCCUGCACGCCGGAGACAUGGUCGUAUUGACCGCCAUUGGCUCCAUCUACCCGACAAGCGAUCACUUCCAUCAGGUCGUCACGCCAGCGAUGACAAUCAUGGCUAAGUGGCUUGCGAUGAACGUUCCCGACUCGCCCCAGAAGCACUCGACAGGCUUGUUCCUGGUCGCCUUGUCACUUCACUACCAGCGAUUGAGCAAACGCUACAUCCCAGAGGCGAUCCGUUUCACACUUUGCGCUCUAUCGCCCAAAGCCAAAGCAUCAACUGAGCACACCUCCGCCCACCUAGCCAACCUCAGGACCAUGCUCGACCUCUGGAAAGCGAAACCUGCCUUCAUCGAGAUCUUCACUCCCUUCAACACGGCCCUCACUUCGACACCUCUAUCCACACAUCCCAAAUCCAAACCAAUACUCCAACACCUCCGCAUUCUCCUCGCCCAAUCCCGCACCGCCCGCCGCCCGCUCGAACUCCACCACCACAAACCUCUCGCCAUCCGCACCUCCAUUCCCAAGUUCGAAGACUCCUUCGAUCCCGACAAACACUACGACCCCGACAAAGACCGCAGCGACGCGAGGAAGUUGCAGAAGGAGUACAAACGCGAGCGGAAGGGCGCGAUCAGGGAGCUCAGGAAGGAUGCGAGUUUCCUGGCGAGAGAGGGGCUCAGGGAGAAGAAGGAGAAGGAUCGGGAGUAUGAGCGGAAGCAGAGACGGCUUAUUGCGGAGAUUCAGGGGGAGGAGGGGAAGGAGAGUAAGGAGUAUGAGAGGGAGAAGGGAAGGAGGAAGAGGAGGGUGGGGAAGAAGUGA